AUGUCUGACCCUCUACAUCUCACUCUGAGCACAUUCCCAGCUCCUCAACAUUUCCCUUCGGCGCCAUUGCUAACCACUUCUCAUGCUUACAGCGCCGAAGUCAUCAAGAUCGAACAUCCCACCCGCGGCGACGAUACUCGAGCCUGGGGCCCUCCUUUUGCGAAAUACAAAGACGGCGCCGUCGUGAAAGGAGGCCGGACGGGUGAGAGUGCCUAUUUCAUUGGGGUGAACCGCAACAAGAAGUCCGUGGGCCUGUCGUUCCAGCAUCCUGAAGGCGUCAAGAUUCUUCACGAGCUCGCAAAGACAUCGGAUAUCCUCGUGGAGAACUAUAUCCCCGGGGCACUCAAGAAGUAUCAACUUGACUACGAAUCCCUGCGAAAGAUUAAUCCUCGCUUGAUCUACGCUUCCAUCACCGGAUACGGCCAAACAGGGCCGUACAGCUCACGGGCUGGCUACGAUGUCAUGGUCGAGGCUGAAAUGGGGUUGAUGCACAUCACGGGCGAACGCAACGGAUCCCCCGUGAAAGUUGGGGUGGCAGUGACGGACCUCACGACGGGCUUGUACACAGUCAACGCGAUCAUGGCAUCAUUGCUAGCUCGACAGAGGACGAACGUGGGCCAGCACCUAGACGUGGCACUGUCGGACUGCCAGGUAGCGACGCUGGCCAACAUCGCCAGCAGCGUGCUGAUCAGCGGCGAACGCGACGAAGGACGCUGGGGCACGGCGCACCCCUCGAUCGUGCCCUACAAAGGGUUCAAGACGGCUGACGGUGACGUGAUGAUCGGGGGCGGCAACGACCGGCUGUUUGGCGUCCUGUGCGACAGACUUGGCCGGCCCGAGUGGAAAACGGACCCGCGGUUCGUGACCAACGACGUACGCGUAGCGAAUCGCGAUAUCCUCGAGUCCUUGAUCGAAGCCAUCACCCGCACCAAGACCACCGACGAGUGGCUGGCCGUUUUCGAGGGCAGCGGCAUGCCCUACGCCGCCAUCAACGAUGUCAAGGAUACACUCAGCCACGAGCACAUCCAAGCCCGCCGCAUGGUCACUGAAAUCCAACAUCCCGUCUGCGGCGACAUCAAGCUCGUUAGCCCACCCGUCAAGUACAGCGAAAGCGUGACUGGCGUGCGCACUCCGCCCCCAACUCUCGGCCAACACACCGACGAGGUUCUCACCGAGGUCUUAGGCAUCAAGGGAGAGGAGGUCGAGAAGUUGAAAAGUCAAGGUGUCGUGUCAUAG